UCUGUAGCCCAUGAGCUGCUACGAAGCAAAGCGGUGCGCUUGUUUGCGUGCGAUUCUGCUGGCAGCAAGUUUUGUCGCUGCUGCCUAGCAAGGAGGAAGCUUUCGCCACUACUCCGUUGUACCGUUCGACAGUUCGUGCGCGUCCAUUGCGAUAACAAUACCUCGGUUAUCCUUGUACAUAAAUUCACUAGUCCGGUUUUUUAACAAUAACAAAAUUUCUGGCUGGAUAAGUAUAAAAAAGGAAGCAGAUUUAUAGAGGAAAUCGAUGCUGGCUGAAAAAGAAGUGUUAUAAUUAGUAAAUUCAGUGGAAGGAAGUUGUUGUGUUCCAGUUUUUGGUGGUAUAAAGUUGAUUUAGCAAAGCGCAGUACCUUUAGUGUACGAUUGAAGAGUGCAAGUGAAUAUAUUGUAGUAAUAACCGAGCAAGGAGGAAAUUUCGAUUAGAAUAGAACCUUCAUUAGGACCUUCGAGGAUAGAUACAAGUGAAAAAGAAAGUCAGCAAUCUCGGGCAAGCAGGAGCGCCCCAAUAGACGCAAGAGAGCGAAAAAAAUGUCAUCCAGACGUUAUCCUUGAUAGGAGAAACCGCUCCUUUUUUUAAAAGGUGACUUUUUAAAAAAAGGACGCGUGAUGAAGCCAUCGCAGCCAGCAACUUUAAGGGAGUCCUGCUGCCGCAGCACAAUUACCACCACUACAAAAGGCAGUACUAUGAUCAGCACCACCAGGGAGGCAGCUAAGAACGGCGGCAGUCGUAGCGGCUGCAGCCGAGCUGCAAAUAUCGGCUCUAGCUCCAGACGGAUGCUCCCGUUUGCAUUGAUGGGGCUCUUGAUCGCCACCAUUUGGCUGCCCUCGAACCUAGUUAACGCUAACGAAUCACUGGAUGCUUCAUACUAUGACCAAAACUCUAACGGAUCAUCUUUUCUGUCGAUAAAUGGCACCAACACAUCACUACCAACGCACAAGGAUCCCCUGUUUCCCGAAGACUUAUUUACGCUUGAACAACGUCGCAAUGGUGCUGUCGUAUUACACAUUCUUGGCGUAAUCUAUAUGUUUGUCGCACUGGCGAUCGUAUGCGACGAAUUCUUUGUGCCUUCUUUGGACGUGAUCAUUGAGAAACUGGGCAUCACGGACGACGUUGCCGGGGCGACCUUCAUGGCGGCCGGUGGCAGUGCCCCGGAGUUGUUCACCAGCGUGAUCGGUGUGUUCGUUUCGUUCGACGACGUCGGUAUCGGUACGAUUGUCGGUUCAGCCGUGUUCAACAUCCUGUUCGUAAUCGGCAUGUGUGCGUUGUUCUCUCGAACCAUUCUAACACUGACCUGGUGGCCGUUGUUCCGCGAUUGCACGUUCUACAGUGUUAGUUUGCUUACGUUGAUCUAUUUUUUUCGUGAUAACGAAAUAUACUGGUGGGAGGCGCUAGUGCUAUUCAUUAUCUAUAUCGCGUACGCUGUGUUUAUGAAAUUUAAUCAUCAAGUGGAGAGAUGUGUGAAGAAGAUUAUCUAUAAAAAUAAGGUGACCAGAGUUCGAAGCACUGAUCAACUUAUGCCUGCAGAAAUUGGCUUGCUAGAAGAAUAUAAUCGGCCCGGAAAUCGAGAUAAUGAGACGAUGCAAGGAAAUGCAGCCAAUUCGUCGGAAACGUCGAUGGCGACGCAACCGGGCGGCUCGGUGACGUCGAGGGCGGCCUCUGAGAGCCGAUCGGGGCCGCCCGGUUCCAGCAGUGGUAGUGUACCGAUCCAUCAGAAUCCAACCGCAACCGGGGCCAAAUUUCGACACGGUCUACUGCAGCUGAUGAUCCACACGAUAGACCCAUUGCAUGAUGAUCCCGUUCCAGGUAAAGUCGAUGAAAAGGCGACACAGCUGCAUGCGAUAGCAUCGUUAAAAGUGCUACUGGAUGCCACCAAGCCGCAACGGGGAGCUGCCACGUCGUCCGCGGCGAAUCAUGUUAAGAUAAAUUUAAGAGAAACCACCUUAGCUAGUGAUCGUCCAAAUGGAAAUAUAGAUACGACAAUUGAUUCGGGUAACGAAUUAGAAGAAGAACCACCAGAAGCAUUAAGCAUGUCUUGGCCAAAGACAACUAGGAAACGAAUAACCUACCUAUUAGUUGCUCCAAUUAUCUUUCCACUGUACUUAACACUUCCCGACACUAGAACACCAAGGGGUAAGCGGUUUUUCCCUGUGACGUUUAUAGGUUCGAUUCUGUGGAUAGCCGCAUACUCGUAUCUUAUGGUGUGGUGGGCUAAUGUUGCUGGUGAUACGGCGAAAAUACCACCGGAGGUGAUGGGACUGACAUUUUUAGCAGCUGGUACCUCAAUUCCCGAUCUGAUCACGUCUGUGAUUGUGGCUCGGAAGGGCUUUGGUGACAUGGCAGUGUCGAGUUCGGUCGGAAGCAACAUUUUCGACGUAACGGUUGGUCUUCCGAUUCCGUGGCUGCUCUACGGCAUUAUCUACGGCCAGCCAGUGGAGGUCAACUCGGUCGGCAUGGUGUGUUCGAUCACAAUCCUGUUCUUAAUGUUGGUGUUUGUCAUCUUGUCGAUAGCCUUCUUCCACUGGCGCAUGAACAAAGGCCUAGGGCUGACCAUGUUUUUGUUAUACUUCGUAUUUGUUGCUGUUUCACUCAUGUUUGAAUACGAUGUGUUGGUGUGUCCGUUUUAAGUAAUUAUACAAGUGAGUAAGCAAAUAAGUACGCUUAAUACGCUAGACAUCCAGUGGUUACUAGACAGAAUCAUCAAUUUAUAGUAGUUACGUUAACGAAACAAAACAAAUAAAAAAAGACGAAAAAGGCGAAAAAAGUGAACCAAAAAAUACUGUAGUGUUAAAGCUAAAAUCAAGCCCACAUUAAGCUAGGCUUAUUUUGCCUGGUGAGCAGGAUGAAACAAAUGAGAAUUAAGUUAAAUAUAUUAUUAUGUAUAGUUAUAUAAAACAAAGAUGAUAUUACACUCAAAACAACAAUAGAAUAAUAAGUGAUUGACGCGUAGGUAAGUAAAAUUCAUACAACUUAGGAAAUGUUGAACGAAAGAAGCGUCGAAGAAUUGUGCAAAAGAUGAAACAAAUUGUUCCAGUGGCAUUGAAAAAUUAGACAGAGGGAGUACGAAAGAAAUGAAACAACAAGAAUCUUCUAUUGAACUACUUAUUUUAGAUUUUUAUCUCCUGUUCUUCAUGCUACUAUAGUAACGAAUCUAUUAUUAUACAUUUUAAAUUGUAUGCAACCAAAACCUGUAUUCGAACGAAAUCUUACCUAACAAUACAUCUAGCUAAUAACAAACAAAAAAACUCGACUAAUUAAGCCAGUAAAGUUGUAUUUAAGCAUGCAUCUCUCUCUUCUAAACAACAAUUUCUAUAAAGAUAUAGAUCUAAACAAACAGCAUCUAAACUUAAGCAACAAUUCUCAACAGCAAAAAUCUAUUACUCGAACUUAAACAAAACACCGUAGGUAACUUGAAACAACAACAUGUCAACACACCAACUUAUCUUUCCACUCAUACUACAUCAUACACACAGCAACAACACAUGUUUCAUGAUAGUGCCGCUAGUAACAGGACCUAGUUUCUUAGAACGUUAGAACCGUAAGACAUGAAGAAACAUUUACAAAAUAUAUAAUCAUGUAAACAAUCUAGUUCUGACAUUCUAGUCAUCCCUUCCUUCUACUCUCUACUCGUAGGAAAUCUCUCUAUACUUUCUAUAUUUAUGUACAAAUAUCUAUAUUUGUUCGAAUGCAUUUUCUCGUUUCCCCAUUUCCUUUCCUAGACUAAAGAUUACCUACCUUCCUAACUCUAAAUAUUGACAUGUUAUAAAGACAUUAGAUGUAUUACUCUAACUAGUAACUCAGAUAUGUCAUCCUCACCCAUCCAGACCAAUAGUCAUUCAUCUUUUCUUCAUACCCAGUACUGAAUUCCAAAAUUUGUAUAAGAUGUUGACGAAUUUUCGUAUUCGUUGCUGUAUUGUCACAUAGCACCAAUCACCGAUUGUCACUCGAUUCAUAGACAUAGCCGCGCGUGCGAGUGCCCCCACAGUCCCCACCCCUCCCACACCGAUUCGUGUUGUUGAGAGAUUUUUAAGCACAAUUGUUAAGCACACACACACACAUAAACAUACUCGCAUAAACUCAACACUCAUGUACCGACAGUGCACGUGCAUCACGCUUUGGGUAUUCGAUAUGUAACAGCGACACAAUGCAUAUUUACUAUUCUGGCCUGCGUGUGUGUUGUAUCCCUGGUUGAAAACAAAAAAAAAGCAAAAAACAAUAUGUGUAGGUAUCAAAGCAAGCCCAUGACGGCUAAAGCUCUGCUAGUGCACCCGCAGCAUCGACUUGUUAUCCGGUAGCGGCUGGGGAAGGUGACCGUCAAAUUCAUCAUAUCAUGUAUUCACAGAUGUGCUUUCGAAAGGUUUGCCCACAAGAAAAAAAAAUCAAAUAUAGGAAAUCUGCUUUUCGUUUGGUUUUUAUCGUUACCCAUUUCUUGAUUCACUUCAGUCGGCGGUGGUCGAGAGGUAUACCUAAUGUAGUUUGAAACAAAUGAGAUGUUUAAGUUUGGCUCGUUUUUGUAUUGCGAUAUUUUAAUUUAUUUUCUUAUCAAUAAUUGUCACGAGCGCGUAUUGAUGGUUUGAGUUUGAAUUGCCAAAAAUGAUUUCAUACUGGAAUCAUUCGUUUUACAUCAAUAUGGAUCGAAUUGCAACGGUAAACCUGAAUGUGCAAUUGUUGAACAUCAGCUAAAUAUUCUGCUUGCGACAUUAGACAAAAUAUUUCUAUAGUGCUAUUUUCAUAUUAUAUUCACAAACCCGAGUAUGAGUAUGAAAAGAUUAAAAGAAAGGAAUUAUGUGUGCUUUUGAAACAGAGGUGGCAGACCAUUUUGAGAAGAUUUUUUCCGGUAGAGAAUUGAUUGUCAAACCAGUAAUUUUUACCUUUUUAAAAAGGACUCCUUCUAGUUCGAAACUUCCGCUUGUUGCUCUGCGGUGUGCAGUUGUAUUCCUGGCAGUGCUGUUAAAAAUAAUUUUUAUUAUCAGAAUUUCUAAUUUUCAUCCUUGUAACGAUCUGUCAUACUCUGAUGAAAUAUUUCACGAGCGCCGUUCACGGUCUUGCAAUAAAACUUUCUGAAAAUCCAACCAAUUGAUCUUCAUCGUUUCUUUGGUGAAAUGGGAAUCAAACAGCUAUCAAAAUGAAACGCCAAAAUUGAUCCAAAAACGGCCUUUCGGAGUAGUAUUUUUCUUAUUCAUUACUAGCAGCAUGAUGCCACUGUACAAUACAUAAACCGGAUUUACAAAAUUACAGUUUAUACAAUGAAAUUUAGAGUACAUUUUAAAUUUUCAGAAAUUUUGAAACAGUGAACAUCAAACGAACCUGUUUUCACUGUGACUGCAGGAUAAGUUGACAUUCGUUUGUAACAAAAAAUGAAAAAAAUAAUAUUUCAUCGUGAUGGUAGAAGGAAACACUUUGGCUAUUUUUCACUUUCUUGAAAAAGCGCUGGAAAAUAUUAGCGUUGAUCCCUGGAAGUGUUUUGAAAUAAGAUUAUUUAGUUCCUAGAUAAGUAAUGUCGCUAGUGUACUCGUACACCAUUGCACGGUGACACCACGCAUCUGAGUUUGACAACUACUGGUAACUUUAUUUAUCUUUGGGCGAUGCAGUUUGGUUCUCAAUUAUAUCAGAUCGCUUCGAUUCUGACAGAAAUGCCCUUUAAAUGUUAAGUUUGAGGUGCCUGUACACUAAGAACGAUUAGAAAUUGAGCAGCAUUUCCACUAAUCACACGAUUGCUUCAGAAAUAUGCGCAUAGCCCAAAAUGUUAACAAAGUUACCACUUACUUACUUUACUUUUACGACGACAGACCGAUUAUCGAUCCAAUGCCAAAUUCAGAACACGUCGUCUUCUCACUCGGUCUUGGGCUGCUAUCCUCCAAUCUCCCCUAACACAUGUUUCGCGUGCAUCCUCGUCAAAGUCGACGACCUCUAUCGGGAUUUCUGCUAAAUACAGUCUUCGCUGAUCGUUCUUCCGGCAUUCUAGCUACAUGCCCAGCCCACUGCAACCUACCGUGUUUUUCCGCUUAGUUAUAUCCGCCGAUUUGUACACCUGGUACACUUCAUGGUUCCUGCGUCUGUGCCAAACACCAUUGUCUAGUUUGCCGCCAAGGAUUGAACGCAAAACCCUAAGCACAAAAACACCAAGAGCUCUCCCAUCGGCCUCUUUCAACGUCCAUGCUUCAUGGCCGUAGAGGACCACGGGAAAAAUUAGUGUUUUGUAGAGUGCAAGUUUAGUACGGGUUUGCAGACUAAGGGACCUCAGUUAGUUACGCAAUCCGUACACGCAAAAGUUGGAGUGUGCGUAACCAGAUCAUUUAUGAGCAAAAUUAGCGCAUUUACUGAUUAAAAUUGGAACCAGUACAACGCAUGUACGUUGGGCAUAACGCAUUUGAUGCUCUAGCCUAUUUUGAAUGUAUUGCGCAGCUCCAAACCACUACACUUAAAGCAUCAGCCGAUGUUCAGAAGGUUGGCAUCGUUAAAACAGCGAGCCAGCAAUCAAUACUGAUAAGUUGGGUACUGACUCCAUUGAAGAAAUUAUUGUCUGAUCGAUUCACUUUCAUGAAUCAGGUCAUUUGAAAACAUCAUUCAAUCAUUAACAAAAAACAAAAACAUGCGUUACUGGCACCAGCGUCAAUAACUUCCGCGGCAACAAGGCUCGCUAUUGGCUAUUUCGGUUGCUGACGAUUUUUAGGGAUGCACGAGCCGUUGAUACGCACCGGCUCGCGAAAGUAAAGAACGGUUUUUUGAGCGCCUCGAAACUGAUCGUUCGCCCGAAGCCGAAGUUUACCGAGACAUUACGAUUUUUGUGUAUAUGAUACAUAUUCUGAUUUUGAUCUCUGUCAAUGUAUUCCUUGUACAACUUUUGCGUUAUGCCUAUCACGCAUUGGUUGUGCGAAGUCAGAGCAAAUUCUGUGCGAAUUGAAAGAACACAUUGGAUGAUUAAAGCUUGAACUUUUGCGUGUAUAGGGCCCUGUUUGCAGCUGCUAUCCGCCUUUUUAUCUCACGGCUAACCUCGUUGUCACAUGUCACUAAUGUACCCAGGUAAAUAAAUUCGUCGACUACUUCAAAGGUUUCCCCAGCUAUACCACCUCAGUACCAACAUCCGUCGGACUACCACGUUCUCUACCAGCCACCAUGUAUUUCGUUUUAGCAUGAUUUAAUGAUGAGCCUAGGGGCAAGACACUAUCGAUAUAUUGCGAAAUGUUUAAAUAUUCGAUAUUACAAAGUAUUUAUCGUUGCAUUUUCAGGUACAUGUCUACCUAUAUCACAACUCCUUGACAGCACAUUAUCAUCGGAGUCUGUCGGAGUAAUAUGAAGGUGACAGAUAAACGAUAAAUAUCAAAAUAUAUUCACCAAUAUCGUAUAAUAUUAUACCGAAAUAUUUCUCUCAAAAGUAAAGUUGUCUAGCCUCUAGUGAUGAGCCCUAUCCUCGCAGCUUCCCUCCUGAGAGGUCCGAGGACUUCUUCCACUGCUCUACGGUUGAUACCAAUGAUGUCGAUAUCGUCUGCAAAAGUUACCACUAACUGUCAGAAAAGUGAGGCUAAAGAGAUUCGGUGAGGUGGUCUAUUGUGCUUGAGACAAAUCAUGUUACAUAAAGAUCCUGAGCACUAGAGUGGAUUUUUCGUGAUCCGACUCAAAAAAUGCUUUGAAAAUCAUGAUCUAGUAGCACUAUUUCUAUUUUGAGCUUUUAUAUGGGGCUUCAACCACCAAAAGAAAACAGCAGGCUACACUGAACCAAAUUGGUCGUACAUAAAUGUAUAAUAAUUGUUUGACUUUAGCGUCAUUUUAGAACUGCUUAUCAUCCUUUUCUUACACAGUUCAAACAAAUAAGAAAAAGUAUUCUUUCCAGAAGGAAAAUAUACACUAAACAGUUAAAAAUUGUAUUAUUGUUAUUAACAAUGGAAAGAUUAUGGAUGAGCACAUCGGAAGUGAAACGGAGGGAAACUGUUUGUAUAUGAUUUCCUUAAUCGAGCUGCCAUGAUGAUUUUCUUUCACAUAUGCGCUUGAACUCAUGUUGUCGACAAAUAUCACUCAGAAUAUAAAUGCAAAAUCUUUUAUUGACAAUAACCAUUACCAGUGUGCACAGCGAAUAGUAUCAUUUGUCGUAAAAUAUCAGUGUAUCGUGUAUUUCAUGAUUUUCGGAAUUUCACCCGUCUGAUACUUCUGAAUAAUAAAUCUUUUAAUAAAGGCUCGACGAUUCCGUUCAGUGUAACGACGUUUGACGUUACGUUUUCAAGCAGACCAACUCUAUACAUAACCUGUAAAAAUUCAGCGACGCCAGCGAUAUUACUUAUCUAGGGACUAAAUAAUCGUAUGUUUUGAAUUCCAGUAUUAGGAACUCCGAAUUUGCCAAUAUUUGUUUGAUUUUAUGCAUAUGAAAAUAAAGGAAAUGUUUUUACUUUUGUCAUCACGCUUAUUCCGAUAAUCUUUGUGAGAGUUCACGUGAGUGUGAGCCCUUGAAAUCUCUUUCAGCCUGGACAUCUGCUGUGUGGUAUAUUUGUGAAGAAAAAAAAAUAUCUGCUGUUUGGUCAGAAUUUCGUUGUGAAACUUUUGAGCUCGAUUUUUUACGGAAUAUGUCAUUGUCUUUAUCUCACAUCAUACCAAUAAAUAACUAUACGGUCUUUAAUAUGCCUAAUAUACAAUAAUUACUUUGUUUCGAAAUUAUUUACCAUUCUCUAUUUAAAAAAUUUACCACCUAUCGACCCCUAACCAAAAGUUUAGCUUUCUUUUUGUAGAAAUUAUUGAUUCGGUAUGAAAAUUGACAUGCAGAAAUAAUACCAACAUUAAACAAGCAGUUCGAAGCAUCCAACACUAUCUUUCCUUUUCCAUGAAGACAGAGACAACACAACCACAUUUAUACAAAUAAACAAUCUACCGUAAGCAUCUCACAAAAGCAAAAUAAAAUAAAUAAAUGAAUGCAUAAAUGAAAAAAAAAUCAAUGAUAAUAAAAUGAAAUGUUAACAAAUUUUUGAGGGUUUUUCUUAUUUUUGAUUUUGUAUUGACGAACAACGUGGUGGAAACAAAUAGUGAAUAAAUUGAAAACCAAAAUAUAAGUAUAAAUCAUAGUUGAAAGUAUGACUUACACAAUGAAGAAUUAAAAGGGUGGACGGUAAGAUUAGAAGCGAUAACAGAACGGUAAGCGAACACUGCUAAUAACAAAGUAAAUCAUUCGUAAACAACGUAGCAUUUAAUAUCGAACAAAUAGAUUCGAGCUCUAGCGAAACCCGAAAAAAAAACGUUUCUACGAAUGUGUCAAUUGUUGGUCUUUUCUCCCUAAUUCGAACAACCUACAUAUCUUCUUCGUUUUUUACUCGUCGUUUUUUCUAAACUCUAUUAGAUGUUACUUAGCGAAACGAGCCAUGCUAUCAAACAAAACCACCAGCCUGUAAAAUAUGGUUCAGUUAUCUACUUGUCGACUUCGUUAAAUGCGGAAAGUAAUGUCAAAAUAUAUACUUACAAAAAUAACAAGGACGAAAUGAAAUCGAUGGUAUUCGACACAUUAAGACGAAUUAAAUUGCAGUGCUAAUAUACUUUAGCGUAAAGUUGUAAAUAUUUCCACUAUUGAAUAAUAAGUAAACAAGCGCAAACAAACGAAGCAAAACGCGUACGAGGAAGUCAUCUACGAAGAGAAAGCAAAUUUCUCCCGUCCAAUCAUGAACAAAAUUGAAUCAAUACGAUUGAGAUUAUGCAAGAAAACUCCAAAUCCAAGAGCUAUAACCAAAUUGAGAGAAAUAGACAGAAACUCGUUUCAGCUCUCCUCUGACUAUAAACAUUUUCAAAACCAGCGAACUCUUCAAAGUUAAUCAAUCGAACUCCAAAUAGAUGUAACAAGUUCAGCUGCUGAUCGCUAAUUUUAAUAAAUUUUCCCUGAUGUAGACUUGACAAAUCUUUCUCUUCAAUUCAAAACUCUACUACUUAGCCUCGAUUUCAAAUGUUUUUCUUGAACCGAAUACCUUGCACAUGAAUCGAAUAAACAGCAUUAAUUGCUAAACGUAAACCCAGGAGUACCGUGACAGAUAAACAACCAACUAGCGUAUUCACCUUGAACCGUAAUAACAACAACACAUUCAUUCAUAAACAAAUACAACACAAAGAGUUCAAGCACAAACCAUCGAGAAUCAAUAAAUGAUGUUAAGGAUAAAGAAACUGGAAAUCGAAAAAAGCGUGCUUGAACUUUGAAAUAGGACCGGAAAACGAAAAAAAGCAUGUAGGUUAUGACGAGAGGAAAAAUCAUCUACAUCAAUGAAGAACUUUUCGCGGUAAAUAACAAAAUCAUUGAGAAGAAAAAUAAGAAACAAUACAAAUCUUUGCAAACCAAAAAAAAAGUUCAGUGCGGUAGAGAAUAAUGACACGAAAAUAUAGUGAAGCAGCCAACAGUGAGUGAUCGUUCUUGUUUUGAUGCUUUUUCAUCUAAUUCUUCAGUAGCAUGAUGAUUCACAAGUACACAGCAUAAGUGGCUUAGCGAUACGUACCACUCGAGGGAAGAACUUUCAAGAGAUCAGCAAUCAACUAUCAACAAGCAGUAAUAUAAAUGAUAGCCAUUCUACCGUAUAAUCUCUGCUGUGCGCAGGCAUCAACCUUUCGUAAUAUGGCCUACAUUAGAAAUUUCGGAAAUGCCACAUAAAAUAGUUCCUCCAACAUACGAAGGGUAAUGCCAACAGAUUUAUAAGGAAAUCAUCAGAAUGGCUCAAACAUUUUGCAACCCACCAGUUGCUGCCCCUUUACUAUCAAUGAUGUACGUUAGUAAAUUAUAGAUCACAUAUUGUUUGUGACUAUGUUAUAAAGUUAAGGUCUGCGGAAUUAGAAUCACAGUUGGAGAAAAUAUGCUGAUCUUUUAUUUUUCCAAUCUGCAAUCUGUUCAUCAUAAAUUCAAAUCUUCUAACUGCUGGUUUUUUCAAGCAGAAGUAUUCUCGUAUAAUCUACGUACGCAAAACAAGCUUUAAUUUUUCUUUCAAUGUAUCUCAUGAGGCAACAAUACAUCGCAACUCUCGACAGGAACGGGAAUCGCUGGCAAAUUCCAAGGGUUUCUAAACCAUCGCUAGCUUCUUAUCACACUUCUGUCUUAUGAAAUUCUUCCAAAUUCAGUGCACUAUAAAGUGAUGAUUAUUAUCCUUUAUUUGCACGCGAUAUUGGCAGGGUGCAUUUGAUAAACACCAAAAAACCAGGGGUUAGUUUUUGCUAAUUUGACUGUCAGACAUCAGUCACCGGAUAUUGCUCGAGGAAAAACUUUAGCGAAAGGGUCAUGUUGAACCCACUAGAGGAACCCUCGAAACGCUGGAGCAAACAAAAAAAAUAUCAUCACUUGCUUAGAAUCGCCGUUUACUCACAGUAAUCGACAUCCACGAAUGGGUCGUACAAUUUCAUAUAUUCAAUCGUAUUUCGAGGUCAUAUAGUUUUUGUCGUUGUCAAAUGCAUAAAAAUAUUACCUAUAAGGAAACAAGAUGAUGUAAGCACAAGCACAGAUUUUCGCAUCAAUUGUUUGGCUGGUAUAUUUAAGGCAUUGCUUGGUAAUAAAACACGGUUUUUGUUUAGACGACGGAAACAAAAUCACAAUUUUAACCCUUAAAGGCAUGUAUUGACCGUUGAUUGUUAUACACGUUUUUUAUUUAUACAUAUAAAUAAAAAUGAAUACUCAAGCUGAAAAGAGAUAUGUUGGAGCAAGAAUUAUAUAAAUUGGGAAAUAAUUUUUAUGGGAAGAACAUAAGCAAAACUAAGUAUAUUGUUAUUUAUAGUGGAUAAAAGAUCAAAUUUAACAACUGAAUCAGAAAAAAACAAACGCUUUUAGACUUCCAGUUUAUGACGAAUAAUUCAAGUAAACAAAUAGACAAAACAGUAUAAAGUAUUCAUUCCCAAAUGGAUUGAGAAAGAUCAAUACAAAUGAACUAUUCACGAAGAAAACCUUGUAGAUAAAAAGGUAUUAAUUUGUUUAUAAAUUUACCAAAAAAAUAAAAUUGAAGGAGAUUGCUGAACAUACCUGCUGAGCAAAAAGCGUUGGCAAACCAAAACACAAAUCACAUACACGCAUAUAAAGUUUCAAAGUAAUCCAACAAAAUUCAAUGAAAGAGUAAAAUGAACAGUAGUGGUAAAUUUAUAAGAAAUGCAUAUACUUAACAACAUGGCCGAAAAACAUGUAUGAAAGUUAAAUCAACAACACACGUACUUGAGGAUAUAUAAUCGAGUUUGAAACAGAGCAUUUCCCAGUUAAAGAAAACAUAAACGAGCGAAAAUAAAUCUGGUAAUUAUUAUUACACCACAACUAAGAUUGAACGCAAUGCUAAAAUGUCUAACAAACCCACAUAAUUAAUAAACCCGAAAAAGAACAUACAGCAAACUUGAGAUCGAAAAUGCAGGGAGGUUCUUUUGGAAAUCCCUUGUACGCAAGAAACUACCGAACAAGCUUAAAAUGAAAAAAAAAUCGUCAAGUGAGCGAUUGAUUGGGCUAAUUUAGUUAAACACUGUCCGCGUGCAAGUCAUUUAUUCGAGUACAAAGACAGAACGAAGCACUUCGUGAAACACCGACACAGUAAGCAAAUCCGCUUCAUUUGCUUCUCUUUCUUUGGAAUUUUAAAAAACAAUUUAAGGAGAAAAAAAACUAUUGGCGAAAAGUUUUUGGAAAUCUAGCUGCAAACGCUCACUUACAAUUUUAAACGACAAAGCAAUAAGUAAUAUAAUUAAUAACAAACUAUAGUUAUUAAACCAACUUUACAUAAAGCGUAGAACUUAAAACAUAAACGAUAGCAGUUUAACCAGCAUUGAACAUCUAAGCAUCACAUACACAGAACAAAAAACUAGUGGCAUCAGUUCGUUCUUAUGUAAAAAAAAUAUAGCAUACGAAAACGACGUUCGGCUAACCAAGCCAACGAAUAUAAAAAAAAUAUCGCAAACUUUUCUGUUUUAUCGUGACAUGUUGUUUUUGUUUGCGGUAGAGUAGCAGCAUUUCGUCAGCGUUUGUAAGUAUGAGUUGAAUCUGCGGAUAAGCAAAUGAAACAUGCAAAACAGAACAAAAAUUAACUAUUAGCAUAAAUUCGUAUGUAUGUAUAAAUUUUUAAUGAUGUAGGCAUUACAGAAAAACACACAAAAGACAAGAAAAAUUAAAAUACAGAGUUAUAUACUGAAAGAUAUUGAUUGUUGACAAAUGAGAUUGUCUCGCGUAGUAUGUUGCGUUUGCUGUCUCAUUUUUAAUAAAAAAGUAAAAUGGAAAUAAAAAAAUAAAAAUAAUUAAAACAUAAGGAAGAACUUUUUUGUUAACUAUUAUACAUAUAUAGAUUUGAUUUUAUAUAUAUACCUAUAUAUCAUUCUCAUUACAAAGCAUAUAUAGAAUAUGAAUAAACUGAUUCUAAAGAAGAAAACCAUAAA